AUGGAGGACUAUAAGGCCAAGGGCAAUGACGCCUUCAAGGCAAAGAGGUAUCAGGAAGCGAUUGACUGGUACACCAAGGCCAUCGGGUUGAACCCUAACGACGAGGCUUCUGGUGCUCUGUACUCGAAUCGUGCGGGAAGCUGGCAAAAUCUGAAUAACUUUGAGAAGGCCGCUGCGGAUUCAGAGCAGUGCAUUCGCUUACGCCCUGAUUGGCUUAAGGGCUACUUCCGCUUGGGUGUCGCCAUGGAGAGCAUGAGCAAGUACGAUGAGGCGCAGAAGGCGUUCCAGAAGGCGCUCCAACUGAGCCCGGGCAACGAGGAGGUGAUGGACAAGCUGCACACCAUUAAUACUAAAGUUCGCGAUCGCAACGAGAAAAUAAAGUCGCAGCACUGCAAGACUCCUGAGGAGGCCAAGAAGCUUGGCAACUCCUUCUUCAAGGACGGCAAGUAUGACCAAGCUGCGGAGUUCUACACCCGCGCGAUUGAGCUGCAGACGGGGCCCGUCAAGGAGAAGGCGGUGUACUACACUAACCGUGCUGCCUGCCACCAGCAGACGCACAUGUACUCUCUGAUGGUGGACGACUGCAAUGCCGCGAUCGAGAUCGACCCGGCAAAUGUGAAGGCGUACCUGCGCCGCGGCAUUGCCUACGAAGGCAUGGAGAAGUGGAAGCUGGCACUGGAAGACUACACAAAGGCGCAGUCCGUUUCUCCCGGUGUGGCAGGCGCGUCUCAGGGUAUUCUGCGAUGCCAACGUCUUCUGCGCAACUGA